CCACAGUGGAGUUGCACCUCGAGCAAUCUCGAUCGACGCCGCCCCGCCGUGCGAGGACCAGUCACAGAUCUGAAAUGGGUUGCGCUGGCCAAUUGGAACUUUUGCUUCUGUUAUCUCAAAUUGGUCGAGAUGUCAGAGGUGAAGUCGUAGGUUAUGGGAUGAUCUUUUUGGUUGGUGAUUGAACGGUGGUGUUAUUGUUGCUGGGUUCCGAUUGGUGUAAUGAGUGGAAGUUGGGAGAUCAACAUCAUGCUGUUGCUAUAUGACACGAAUGAAUAAUCAAAUAUUCGGAUUGCAAAUCUAUGUCUCAGAUACAUGCAUAAGCUGUUAGACCUAAUGACAUUGAAUCGAAGCGAAAGGUCCCGAGUUCAAAUUUUUUUAGGUCACGGUUAUAUAAACAAAGAUCCUCGAUUAAUUUUCAUGCAUCGGGUUUGAGCCAUCUACCACUCACAUGUAAGAGGAUUAUUAAUAAUAUAAGAAUAUAGAUUCUGCCAUAUCACUAGUUUAAGCUUUUAAAUAUGAUAGAGAUAAUGAUUUUAUGUGGAGAAUUGUUUUUGGGUAUUUUGAUAUAUGUUUCUUUUGUGUGGCAACAAUUGUGGACCUCAGAAAUAAACAAGAACAGACUUUUAAAUAGCUUCCUCAUAAGUUAUCCAAGUGAGAUGUGAAGAUGAGUAAGAAGCUAGAAUUGCAACUUAAAAACAUGAUUGAAGUUUACAAAGCCUUUUAAUCGUCAUAAUCCAGGAGAUUUAACCAUAAAGCAUACUUUCUGUGUCUUAUAUGAUCAAGGUUGUGAGCUUGAGCAAAAAGGGAUUUGAAAAUUUUUUCUUCAUGAUAAGGAAUUUUUUUCAGAUGGGUAGCUUGUCUAAAUUUGAGGAUUAGAUUCAUAUGAAAUCUAGGAAGUUUGAGAAGAAACAAGGGGCAAGUUACUCUGAAUUCCAGAGACUGGUAGUGCAACGAGGCAUUGGUCUAAGCUACAUGGACCAUAAUAUAAGUUUGCAGUUUACUUUAUGUAUUUUGGUUAUGUUGAAAUGAUCAAGUCAAUAAUGCUUUCGCAUCUUGAUGAGUCUUGUGGCAAGCUUAAGAGUCUCUCAUUAGCCAUUCUGCCUGUCAUUUGCAUUCUGUCGUAGAUAAUAGCAUUAAUUUAUGAUGCUAAAUUUGGUGAUGGGAGUUGUGGGUUGUUGGGUUAUCAGUGAAGAAGGCCUUUUAAAAAAGUUUAUGAUUUGGUAAUCUUUUCAGCUUUGAAGAUUAGGCUCAUAAGAUGUUACUUCUGCACCUUUAUUAUUGUUUCCAGAUCCUGUUAUCUUUUUCUCAGUUCCUUUUGUUGUUCUAUGACAUUUUUAGCAACGAUGUCUUGAAAUCCACUGCCAAUGCUUACUUCUUCCCUUAUGUGCUAUCUCUUGACAUAUAUUCCCUCUCUUGCAUGCUUACCUAGCUUUAUUAACUCUUCAACUAUUUUACGAUACAUCUUUCUUCUAAAUUUUUGACAUAGAUGGGAUGAUGAUAAGGUGUCAUGAACAACGUGGUAUAACUUUUCUGCCAAACAAUUAUAAUUUCUUGUCUGUGGCAGUUGUGUUUUGCCAAAGAACAGAUGGCUUCUCCUAAAAUUGCUCACACUACCCUGAAAGGCCCUAGUGUUAUCAAGGAGAUUGUAAUUGGCCUAGCACUUGGACUGUUUGCCGGUGGUCUGUGGAAGAUGCACCACUGGAAUGAGCAGAGGAGAACAAGAGCUUUUUACGACAUGCUGGAGAAGGGUGAAAUCAGCGUGGUAGUCGAAGAAGAAUAGCCAUACAAUCUCAUUCUCAGUAUGAAAGGAGGCUGUCCUGAUCUUGAAAGCUCAAGUACAUGUUCAGUUCUGUUGGUCACUUCCUGCUGCUCGAUCCAAAUAAGCUUUAGUAAUAGUUGCGAACACCAUAGUUAUGCUAUGGACUUGAGUUAUGCUUCUUAGGAUGUCUAUGUUUGAUGACAUCGACAGGAUUUUUUUUUUUUGUCUUUUUUCUUGUGAUUUUGGUUUCUAUUUUGCUUCUAGUUUGAUAAUAAUAUUCACCUGAAUAGCUA